UACAUUUGAAAACACCAGAGAUGCUGAGAUGGUAAUCAGAAAGAAACAGAUKAUGUGUGACAAGGAGUUCCCUCAAGACUACCCUAUCACUGUYUACAAAUUCACCCAAGACGUGUUGUUCUACMUGAACGCUAAAGUGGACCUGUCAAUCUUCGGUGACGAGGAACAGCAGGAGYCCGUGAUCCAYAGCUUGCAGUCUGCUCACAGAUCAGUGAGGAUCUGCCUUCUACCCAGCCAGGAGGGUAAAGCUUCAGUGGAGGGACCCUUCUCUGCCGUCAGGGCCCUGAGAGAGGACCUGCUCCAGCGGGCCACUGCCAGCAGCAGCAGUCACCCAGGGGAGAAGCACAGGGCUCCAUCGAGCUCUGGUUACUCCCUGACCUCAGUGGCAGCAGGGAAUGGGGUAUCCCAGGUCAGCAGCAGUCAUGCCUGGGAAAAGCACAGAGCUCCAUCUCCAUCAAGCCAUGAUCAUUACCUGAGCUCUGUGGUAGUAGAGAGUAGGUCUUCCAGGGUCAGAUCUGGUGAUGGUGCUGAGGUGGACRUCCGGGUCAGCAGUUACACCUGGGAGAAGAAGAACGGGGCAGCUCCCUCAAGCGCUGAUCAUUCUCUGUCAAGCUCUGUGGCAGGAGGGAGUGGGGCUUCUACAAUAAAUCAAUCCUUGGAAAAGCACCGCAGGGCAGCUCCAUCAAGCUCUGAUCAUUCUCCGAGCUCCAUGGCAUCAGGGAAUUGUGGAGGCCAGGUCAUCUGA